AUGAACUUUGAGGAGUUUUGUGGAGGUCCAUUAUGGGACAGUGAGCUGGCACGGCAUCCGGACAAUCCAGGUUUGACGAGCUGCUUCCAGCGUGUGAUUCUGCAAUGGAUUCCAUGCUGUUUUAUUUUGCUAUUCUCCGCUUACGAAGUGUAUAGAAUCAGGCAUAGUCGGUACCGGGAUAUUCCGUGGAGUUUGCUGAAUGUGUCGAAAAUGUGUGUUGCUUUCUUGUUAGUAUGUGCUAACUGUAUGGAUCUUGGUAUGGCCAUCAGGAACAUGGGACGUGAAAAUCUACCAUCAGUUGAAGCAGUAACUAAAACGAUGAAUGCGGUAGCUUACGCAAUAGUGUUGACUUUGAUGUUCUUUCACAGAAAGCAUGGCAUCCAGAGUACGGGGACGUUGUUUGUCUUUUGGUUCAUGCGGAUGCUUUUCGGAGUACCACAGGCGUGCACUGAAGGGCAGGGAUUGAAUCAUACCUUUGAAUACAGGACCUAUCACGUCUACAGUUAUCUCAUGCAGUAUGCGGUGAUAUGCAUUGCUAUGGUGCUGGAAAUCGUUCCAGAUGAGCAGCCAACCUCCAGCAGUUAUCCACAAUCGAAGAAACCAAACCCGGAGUUGAGGGCUAGCUUUUUGUCACGUUUACUUUUUCUAACAUAUGACCGGCUGCUGUGGAAGGGUUUGCGAAAGCAACUAACCAUGGACGAUAUGUAUGACGUCAAUCCGCAGGAUAUGACCAGGGAAACGAGUCCGGUUUUCGAUAGAUAUUGGAACAAAAGCUUAGAAAAAGGUCGCAGAGGUCAGGCGAUGGACGCAAAGUGUACAAAUGGUUCAAUCUUACCCGUUAUUGUUAAGGCGUUCGGUGGACCAUUUGUCUUUGCUGGAAUACUUCAGGUGGCUAUGACGACGCUACAGCUUGCUUCGCCAUAUUUUCUCAUGUCUCUCCUCUCGUGGGUAUCCUCCGGAGGACCACUUUGGCAAGGUCUGGUGCUAUCGUUCGGCUUGUUUCUCACUACGUUAUUGUAUGCAUUGCUCAAUGGGCAGUAUUACUACAACAAUCUACUGACCGGGUUCCGCAUUCGAGCAGCACUGAUAAGCGCCAUUUAUCGGAAGGCACUGCGCAUUUCCAAUGCAGCUAAACGGGGUGCAGCCGUUGGAAACAUCGUCAAUUUGAUGGCAGUCGAUGCUCACCGCUUCGUAGAGCUAAUACCGUUCUUGCACCUGCUAUGGAAUGGUCCGAUAGUGCUUGUCGUUUGUUUAUGGUUACUGUACGACAUUCUAGGGGUUGCCAUUUUCGCCGGCUUGGCAGUCAUGGUUUUGAUGACACCUAUUACGAAGGUGAUUGCAUCACAACUCAAGGGUCUACAAGUACAUCAGAUGAAGAUUAAGGACAGCCGAGUGAAGAAGAUUCAUGAAAUUCUUUCCAACAUUAAGGUGUUGAAGCUGUAUGCUUGGGAGCCGAGUUUCCAACGGUCAGUUGUGGAAACUCGUGAGAAAGAGCUUAAGAUCAUGCGGAAGACCGCCUACUACGGAGCAGGAAUAUACUUUGCGUUUACGAUUGCUCCCUUUUUAGUGGCUUUCAUGACAUUUACCGUGUUCGUGCUAAUCGAUGAGAAGAAUGUGCUUACCCCAAAGAAAGCAUUCGUUUCCCUAGUUCUGUUCAACAUAAUGAAGGUACCGCUAAGUUGGCUACCGAUGGUGAUUACCAUAUUGAUGCAAACGUGGGUAUCGAUCAAAAGAAUCAACACAUUUAUGAACAACGAGGAACUUGAUUUGACAGCCGUGACGCAACAUAAAAGUGAAUAUGCGGUGUCGAUCAAGGAUGGAAACUUUUCAUGGACUACCGGGUCCUCAACGCUAAAAGGAAUCAACAUGUCACUCCGGAAAGGUCAGCUGUGUGCCAUUGUGGGAGCUGUUGGAAGCGGAAAGAGUUCACUGCUCUCGGCGUUGCUAGGGGAGAUGCACAAAGCAAGCGGAUCUGUCAACGUAGAUGGAACGCUGGUGUACGUGUCGCAGCAGGCGUGGAUUCAAAAUGCUUCGCUGCGGGAUAAUGUUUUGUUUGGAAAGCCGUUCGAUCAGCAGAAGUACGACACGGUAAUGGAGAGUUGUGCGCUGAAAUCGGACCUGAAUUUGCUUCCGGCUGGUGACCGAACGGAAAUCGGCGCGAAAGGUAUAAACCUUUCUGGAGGCCAGAAACAGCGAGUUGCCUUAGCUAGGGCCGUCUACGCAAAUGCCGAUAUCUACUUGCUAGACGAUCCGCUAAGUGCGGUCGAUGUUCACGUUGCAGAACAUAUUUUCGAGAAGGUUUUGGGACAUCGCGGGAUUCUGGGUGGUAAGACCAAGCUAUUAGUGACGCAUGGUGAAUCCUUUCUGCCACAUGUGGAUGAAAUUUUUGUUAUCAAAAAUGGAGAAAUUUCCGAGAAUGGUUCCUAUGCGGAAUUGCUCGAUAAAAAGGGAGAAUUUGCAAAAUUCUUUUCGGAGCGUGUAACCAUACAGGGACGGAAUGAAAACUCGUCCGUAGAAUUACGGCAUCCUGCAGCCAGUGGUGAUGAAGUUUCUCAGAAUGUAACUGUAAAGCGGUCCAGUACUUCAAAAUCAGCACUGACGUCUAGGGAAGAGUCCAGUACGGGUGCCGUUGCGUGGGCUGUAUAUUGGAAAUUUAUGAAAGCAUUUGGAGUAUCAAUCGUGAUUUGGACUUUUUCCUUUACUAUUCUCACUCAAAUCAGUGGCAUUUCAUCCAGUUUCUGGCUAUCAAGGUGGACCGAAGAUCCGAUCGCAGCAAUCGACACCUCCACUCGCGAUACUUACCUAGCCCUCUAUGGUUCCUUUGGAAUCAUACAAUCCUUAUCGCUAUUCAUCAGUGCCUUAGCGUUAGCGUUAGGUUGCAUCCGGGCAUCCAAAAAUUUACACAGCAGUCUUCUUGACACUAUUCUUAGGUUACCGAUGUCUUUCUACGAUUCAACGCCGAUCGGAAGAAUCCUGAAUCGUUUCUCCAAGGAUGUAGACGUUAUGGAUAGCAUCAUACCCGGUACGCUACGGGGAUGGAUAUACUCGUUUGCCAAUGCAGUGGGAGUCUUUAUAGUUAUCAGUUUCUCGACCCCUAUGUUUAUGGUGAUCGCUCCCGUUCUCGUCGUAGUAUAUUAUAUGAUUCAGAAAAUCUACAUAUCAAGUUCACGGCAGCUGAGGCGGCUGGAAUCGAUCACUAAAAGUCCCGUACUGUCACAUUUUGAAGAGACAUUCGCGGGGCAGUCAACGAUACGGGCUUUUGGAGAGCAGGAACGUUUCAUUCGGGAAUCGGAGGAGAAGAUAGAUUACAAUCAGAAAGUAGCCUACCCUGGAUUGAUAACCAAUCGGUGGAUGGCACUGAGGUUGGAAAUUGUUGGAUCAUUUGUAGUGCUGUUUGCUGCAGUGUUCGCCGUUUUGGCUAGAAAUUCAAUAGGACCAGGCUUGGUGGGGUUGUCGAUUAGCUAUGCACUGCAGAUAUCGACGGCUAUGAGUUUUAUGGUGAGGAUGACAGCUAUUGUGGAGACGAAUGUGGUUGCAAUUGAACGAUUGGAGGAGUAUGCCGAGCUACCGACAGAAGCCGAACGGGUUAAAGGGACAGUUGAAAACGGGUGGCCGACCGAUGGCGGAAUCGAGAUCCAAGACUACAAACUACGAUAUAGGGCGGGAUUGGAUCUGGUCAUCAAAGGAAUUUCAUUAAACGUGAAAAGUGGAGAAAAAGUUGGAAUCGUCGGAAGGACGGGUGCAGGAAAAUCGAGUUUAUCGAUAGGUCUAUUUAGAAUUGUGGAAGCCAGUGGUGGCCGAAUCAUUAUUGAUGGAGUUGACAUCUCGAAAAUCGGAUUACACCAGCUUCGAAGCCGUUUGACCAUCAUUCCCCAGGAUCCCGUAUUGUUUGCGGAAAGUAUUCGAAGAAAUUUGGAUCCAUUUGAGGCCUACUCGGAUGAUCAAAUAUGGAAGGCUCUGGAUCUGUCACAUUUGGCAAACUUUGUUAAGAGCCUUCCUGAUGGAUUGCAUCAUAAGGUUACCGAAAAUGGAGAAAAUCUAUCCCUGGGUCAACGCCAACUGAUCUGUUUAGCCCGAGCCGUGCUGCGGAAAACAAAACUUUUAAUUUUAGACGAAGCAACGGCUGCCGUGGACAUAGAGACGGAUGAAGCAAUUCAGAAAACAAUACGCAUGGAAUUUUCGGACAGCACCGUAUUGACAGUGGCUCAUCGAUUGAAUACAAUAAUUGACUACGAUAAAAUUGUAGUUCUCGAAAAUGGAAUGAUUGCCGAAUAUGACAGACCUCAAGAGCUAUUGGCCAACAAAGAAUCAAUGUUCUACAGUAUGGUGCGAAAGGCAGGGUUGAUUGAAUAAAAAAAGUGUUUAUUUAUAGUUUAUUGUUAUUUAAAUAAGGCAAAUAAUUUCUUAUACAUAAAGCAUAUUGAACUACCCGAAACGAAGAG